AUGGUAAGACGAUUAGGAGGUGGUGCUUUUGGAUCUGUAUGGUCAGCUACUACAUCACGUGGUCAUAGUGCUGCUGUUAAAGCAAUUGAUAUUAGUGGAAGAAGUGGUAAUCAAUUUGAUGCUACUACGUUGAUGGAAUCAUUUGAAAAAGAGAUAAAAAUGGCUUAUAGAAUGCGUAAAGAAACACGUCAUGUCGUCACUAUUUUUGGAUUUGAUUUUGAUAUGGCGAAAGGUUUAGCAUUGAUGGCCAUGGAAUUAGGUGGAGAUACAUUAACUGUACGAAUUGAAAAACUUCAUGCUAUGAAGGAUAUGCAAAGACUAAAUCUUGAUACUGCCGAGAUGACGCCUGUAACUGAUUAUAUUUCACCACGUGAUCGAAAAAAUAUAUGGAUACAACUAGCUAAUAUUGUGCAAAUUUUACAUCGUCAUCAUAUUGUUCAUCGUGAUAUGAAACCGGAUAAUUUAGUAUUUUUUGGUCAUAUUAUGAAGAUUGUAGAUUUGGGUAUUGCACAAAAAGUAGUCAGAGGAUCUGAUGCGAAUGGAAGUGGUAUUGGUACUCCAUAUUUUAGUGCACCGGAAUGUUUUACGACGGGUGCACAGAUUUCACCAAAAGCUGAUAUAUGGUCAGCAGGUGCAAUUCUAUACAAUAUGACUUACGGAGAUGUACCUAAAGAAGAAUCAUCUCGUCCACCAAAUGGUCAACGUCCAACACAUUCACGUCAUGUAGCAGAUGUUUUACAUCGCACUCUUCAAUAUGAAGCUCAUCAAAGAGCAACGCAUGCUUGGCUUGCUCGACAUCCUUAUACAAGCAGUCCUAGUGCUUUAUAA